AUGUCAACCUCAACCACACCCAACCACCACAUCAUCGAACACGUCGUCCUCUUCAAAGCCAAGCCCAGCGCCGAACCCACCCGAAUUAACGCAAUGGUCAACGGCCUCAACAGCCUCACUUCACUCAACCAAGUGCUCCACCUCACCGCCGGUCCACUCCUUCGCACCCGAUCCCAAUCCCUCUCCUUCACUCACAUCCUCCACACUCGCUAUAAAUCCAAAACCGACCUCGCCGAGUAUUCCGCACACCCCAGCCACGUGGGCGUCGUCAACGAAUUCGUCAAACCGAUCGUCGACGACAUCAUGGCCUUCGACUGGGUGAACGAUGACGUCACUUGUCCGGUGGUCGUGAAACCCGGUUCGGCAAUGAGAGUUUCUUUGUUGAAAUUGAAGGAAGGUUUAGAAGAAAAUGAAAAAGAGAAAAUUUUGGGUGUUAUCGGAGGACUGAAAAGUAAAUUUGGAUUAAUUGAUCAGCUUAGUUUUGGGGAAAAUUUCUCGCCGGAUAGAGCCAAGGGGUAUUCGAUCGGAUCAAUUGGGGUUUUUCCGGGAUUGAGUGAAUUGGAAGAAUUGGAUUCGAAUGCUGAGCUUGUCAAUGAGCAGAAGGAGAAAGUGAGGGAUUUGCUUGACAGUGUGUUGAAAGGAUGGGCUGCUCAAUGGGAGGCGGCAUCAUUUCCUGAACAGAUGCUUCCAGUAAACUAA